AUGGCGGACGGCGCGGGCCUCGAGGCCAACGAGUCCCUGGGAGAAGAGCGGUGCAACAUCGCGGAGGACUACAAGAGGGUCUACCUGCCCGUCACCUACAGCGUGGUCUUCGUGCUGGGGCUGCCCCUCAACGCGCUGGUCCUGUGGCUGUCCUGGUGCCGCACCACGCGCUGGACCUGCUCCACCAUCUACCUCUCGAACCUGAUGGUGGCCGACCUGCUGUACAUCGCCAGCCUGCCCUUCCUCAUCAUCAACUACUCGCUGGCCGACCAGUGGCCCUUCGGGGAGCUGCUGUGCCGGCUGGUGCGCUUCCUCUUCUACACCAACCUGUACGGCAGCGUCCUGCUGCUGACGUGCAUCAGCGUGCACCGCUUCCUGGGCGUCUGCUACCCCAUCCGCUCCCUGGCCUACCGCACCCGCCGGCUGGCCCGCAUCGGCUCGGCCGCCACUUGGGCCCUGGUGGUCCUGCAGGUGCUGCCCACGCUCGUCUUCUCGGAGACGGGCUCCAGCGACGGCCAGACGGUCUGCUACGACCUGAGCAGCCCCGAGAACUUCGGCCGCUUCUUCGUGUACGGGAUGGUGCUGACGUUCUCGGGCUUCGCCGUGCCCUCCCUGGUCAUCCUGCUGUGCUACUCGCUGAUGGUCAAGAGCCUGGCGCGGCGCGAGGAGGCCGGAGCCGGGGUGGGCACGGCCGCCCGCGCCAAGUCCAUCCGCACCAUCCUGCUGGUGUGCGGCCUCUUCACGCUCUGCUUCGGCCCCUUCCACGUGACCCGCUCCGUCUACUUCUUCAUCCGCCUGCAAGCCGUGCAGAACUGCCCGCUGCUCACCGCGGUCAGCGCGGCGUACAAGGUGUGGCGGCCCCUGGUCAGCCUCAACAGCUGCCUGAACCCCGUGCUCUUCUUCCUGUCUGGGGGCAGCAACAGACUCAGGCUGGUCCAGGAGCUGCGGCCCAAUUAG